UUUGGAGUUGCAGGACAAUGAAGAUGACCUCAGUGAUGCUGGAACACCGUUACCCUCAGAGAAACCUGACUUGGUGGCUGAUUUGGAGGACUGCAUGGCAGCAUUGGACUUGUUUCUACAAAAUGACUUUGAAAAGUCCCUGUCCAGACUCAGCAGCAGGACUAAAGACAGCAUGUAUCAUGCGCUCACAUAUGCCACCAUUCUUGAAAUGCAGGCAAUGAUGACCUUUGAUGCUGAGAAGAUCCUGUCAGCUGGAAACACUAUGAAAGAUGCUCAGGCUGUGUGUCAGCGGUACCGCAGGAAGUCCACCUUUAAUAGUAAGAGCUUUACGGAAGUUGAGCUACAUGCUGAAGUGUGCUAUGCUGAAUGUCUCCUGCAGAGGGCAGCACUGACUUUCCUACAGGAUGAAAAUAUGAUCAGCUUUAUCAAGGGAGGAAUAAAAGUGAGAAACAGUUAUCAGAUAUACAAGGAGCUCCAUUCAGUUCUAAGUUCCCCCAGUUAUGUUCAGGGUAAAAGUCAUGGCCACUUUGAGGGAGGAGUGAAGCUUGGAGUGGGAUCAUUUAAUCUGAUGCUUUCCUUGUUGCCCACCAGAACCCUAAAGCUGCUAGAGUUUGUGGGUUUCUCUGGUAAUAAGGAGUUUGGUCUGCAGCAGCUGCAGGAAGGUUCAGCUGAGCACACAUUCAGGUCUUUCCUGUGUAACAUGCUGCUGCUCUGCUACCACACAUUCAUGACCUUUAUUCUGGGCACUGGAGAAGUAGAUGUGGAGGAUGCAGAGAAACUACUGCAGCCGUAUCUGAAACAGUAUCCUAAGGGAUCCAUUUUCUUGUUCUUUGCUGGUCGAAUAGAAGAAAUCAACGGCAAUCUGGAUGCUGCAAUUAAGCACUUUGAGGAGUGCUGUGAGGCCCAGCAGGACUGGAAGGAGUUUCAUCACAUGUGCUACUGGGAGCUGAUGUGGUGUUUCACAUAUAAGCAGCACUGGAAGAUGGCCUACUUUUACGCAGAUCUACUUAGCAAAGAGAAUGCAUGGUCUAAGGCCAUGUACACUUAUAUGAAAGCUGCCUACCUCAGCAUGAUGAGUGCAGAGGAAUGCCAGGCAUUUGGCGAAAGUGAGGUGGCAUUGUUCAGGGAAGUACCUGGACAAAAGCAGAAAAUAGCUGGGAAGUCUCUACCCACUGAAAAGUUUGCUAUCCGCAAGGCUCGCCGCUACAAUGCAGAGAAUUCCAUCCCUUUACCUGCACCUCCACUGGAGAUGAUGUAUAUCUGGAAUGGCUACACAGUGAUCGGGAAGCACAAAGAUUUGACAGAGGGCAUGCUGAAGACGCUGGUCGAGGCUCAGGAGAAACUUGAACAGCACCCAAGGACAGAGUAUUCUAUAGAUGACCAGUGUGUGAUAGGUCUGCUGAAGGGUGUGUGUCUUAAGCAGUUGGGCUACACGGAAGAAGCAGAGCACUACUUUACACUCGUCCACUGCAAUGAGAUUCAGAUUAAAUAUGACCACUACCUUGUACCAAAUGCUCUACUGGAACAUGGACUGCUGUGUCUGGAACAGGGCAGGAGAGAAGAUGCCUUAAAAUUACUGAUGAUGGCCAAGCAAAACUACAAGAACUACUCCAUGGAGUCACGGACACAUUUCCGGAUCCAGGCGGCGCUGCAAAAAGCAAAAGCAACAGAGGAAAACGGGGAGCCCUGCUCACCCUGCUCGCCCUGCUCACCCUCUAGCCCCUGAAAGCAAUGUUUAAAGCAAGGGGUUGAGAAGUUACUAGGUCAGUGCAUGCCAUCAUUGGGCCUACACAGCUGAAAGGGACCGCACAAUGGCAGAGAACCAAACAUUAGAUGCAGAAAUCUUUAAAGACAAAAGCUUUUCCAUAUAUUAGAAAUAUUCAUACAAUACAAUACUGGUGCAUGCACAAAUGUAAGAAGACGACAGUUCAGCUCGGAGUAAGAGCCAAUUACAUUGUGCUAUCCCAGAAAUAUACACCAGGUCAUAUUAUAUAUUAUUUAACUUAUUCAGAAAUCUAUAUGUUUCCAUGUUGAUUUCUAUUAAUAGCCAGUCCUUUUUUUUAAAAUAAUAAUAAUUUAUUUUAACAAGACUGAACAGAUUAAAUGUAGCCAGGGUUGGUUAAUAACAUAGUACCAGUAUUUAGAAUUAAUGCGACAGCAGUCUGUAGCUCGGCUCUACAUGCUGAGAUAAAAGGUGAGAAUUUAUAAGCCAUCUUAAGAUAUGUAUUUUUUCAUUCCAUGUAACAACCUAAUGCCAUCUGCAACAUUUUUUGUGUAAACACACCCAUCACCUCAUUGAAAUCUGGCCUACUUCAGUCUUUUCAUAUUUGUUCCUGUUGCAAAAAUGGGUUUAGUAAUGUAGCUUUAUAUUUAGGGGGGAACAUAUGGGUCUAAGUUAAUUGAUAUGGUGGUACUGUUCACCAGUAACAUUGAGGAAUAGCGUAAUGUAGGUGUUUCUUCUCAAAAUAUGUUCUUAAUGUACUCUAAAAAGUUUACUUUAUUUAUUACUGAAUACAUUUAGUACUGUAUACAGUAUGUUCUCAAAUUUCACCCUAGAGUUUAAACUAACACAAUUAUAUAAUUGUCCUCUCACAGUGCAAAGUACUUCAGCUUUAAUAAUUGCACAAUCUGUUAAUUAUGUAAUCUUCAUUAUGUGUUCCCCGAUUAGAAUUAGUAUAAACCAAGACAAAUAUCUAAUUGUUCUGAAAAUUAACACCACCCAACUUUAAUAUUUGUUUUGUUUUGACUAAACCUGGUUUGCUCUACUCCUGGAUGCUUAUUGACUUCUAAACUAAAGUUUUAGGUUUUACCUUAUUAUUUGGUUUCUGGGCUAAUUAUCAAGCUUUAAUAAGCUAGAUUAAUUGUUUUGGAUGUAGGGAAAACAUUAAACUUUGCAAAAGCAGACAGCCUCCAGGACUGUAGCCAAAAAUUUCUGGGCUAGACCUCAAUCAUGCGUUAUAAAUGAUUUAAAUGUAGUAUUAGAUAUCUGUGGGUUUAUUGAUUGUUUCUUAUGUCUAGUAUCUGUUCUCUGUCUCAUUGUUAGGGGACAGCUAAAUGUGUCUUUUAAAAAGGCAGUCUCCAUUAUGUGGACUUGAUUCUGAUAGUACUUAGGCACUAUCAAACAAGUCUUUUAGAUUAGAGGACAGAAGCCAAGGCUGUCUGUCCUAACCAUGGCAAGGAAUGCAAUAAAAACCAAUUUAGCCUUACAUUAGUGUUGUGAAAAAGUAAUUGCCCCCUAUACUGAAUGGCUUUGUUAUUGCAUGUCUCACUGAAUGGUCAUUAAAUGAAAUUACACAGGUGCUCAGGUGUCACCAUGGUUUACUGAGCUGUCGGCCAGCCAGGCACCCACUAUUUGAGCCUGCUGCAACAAUGACCAAGGUAAUGCAGUUGAUUGAAUGAAAUGAAAAAUGAUAUUAAACAAGGGGCACACAUUAUGCAAAACAUUGCAAUUUUCAUGACACUGUAAAAACAGUUGUUUUUUUUUAAUUGAAUUGAAAUAUUUAUGUUGAUUAUUGAAAAAUACUAUAUAAGGCAAGUGCAUUUUAGAUAUGUUUUGUUGAGCAAACUGAGUUAGCAUUAAAUCUUAUUACAAAAAGUAUUUUAACAUUUCUGUUUAUAUUAUUACAUUGGUGACUAUGUUAUUGUAUCUCCUAGAACAAAGCUUACACUUUAUUACCUACUAUAUACAAACUUCCAGAGUCAAAACUAAGAGAAAGAACUCAUUUAAACUUACUGUUGAAGUUCUACAGUAUUUUUGUUAUGUUUGAGUCCUUAUGUUUUGCAACUUGUUUUUAAUUUAGAUGUUGUAUUGGGUUACAAUGAGGAGAAUGAAGACAGAAUAUUAAUUUUGAUAUGAAUGACUUUUGUUGCUGUACAGCCAUCAAACUGAAAAGCAUAUAGUGGAUAUAAAAAGCUUACACACCUCCAGGUUUUUGUGAUGUAAAAAAAUCAGACCAGGAUCAUUCACAUUUAAUUCUACCUUAAGGUGACCUAUAAUCUGUGUAAUUCAGUUGAAAAACAAACUGAAAUUAGAGGGGUAAAAAUAAUAAUAAUAAUGUGGUUGCAUAAGUGUGCACACCCUAUUUUAAUUUAAUAUAUUGAGAUUUCAGGUUGUUUUUUAGUUGAAUUGUACAGAUAUGUAACAUUAAAUGUGGAUUUAAUCUAUUUUUUUUACAUCACAUAAACCUGUUGUUGUAACAGGGGUGUGUAGAAUUUGUAGAUCCACCGUAUAUCCACUCGAUUUCCUCAAAGGUGGUGGACCACAAAUCUAAUGUACAAUGUAACAGAUUUUCUAGACAGUGGGUGUUAAGCCAGUAAGCUGUAUGUAUUAUAUGACUACUGCAGAAAUCAGCAUUCCUAAGAAAACAAGACACAAAAAGAAUGUUUGUUUUGUAAUUCAAGAUUAAAAGACUUCAUUACCUUC